AUGGAACUAAAAAUCCUCACAUCUCUGGCCCGAGGCCAAGCUGGAAUCCUACACCAUAUUACUUCCACCCUCACCUCCUUCGAAUACACCAAUGGCAGUCCCCGCAAACCACACACUCUCAUCUUUGUCGGCGGGCUAGGCGAUGGCCUUGGCACAGUCGAAUACCUCAUUGACAUCGUGCGAGCCCUCGAAUCUACCGAAUGGACUGUCUUCAACCUUGUCCUCUCCUGCUCAUACGGUGGGUGGGGCAUGGGUAGACUCGGCACCGACAUCGACGAGAUUGCGCAGACGGUGGAAUACAUCCGCGAGUACAAGGAGCCUCACUAUGGAGCUGGAAAGGUGGUCAUCAUGGGCCAUUCGACGGGCAGCCAGGACGUGAUGCAUUAUAUCAACUGCCCGAACCCUCGACCCGCACAUCCGGUAUUGGAUAAAUGCUGGGAGCCGAUUCUACGAACACCAGUGGACGGCGCAAUUAUGCAAGCUCCCGUGUCAGACCGAGAGGGAAUCCUGUGGGUUGUCAAGUGCGGCACACCCAGGGAUAGUCCCGCCGCUAUGCGGGAGAUGUACGACAAAGCCGUGGCAGACGCAAAGCGCAACACAUAUGAGCAGAAAGAAUCGGUGGACACCGUUGUCCCUCUUUCAGUGACCAGUCGCAUCGGGUACCCCUCAACAGCGCCUGUCAGCAGCCGACGAUUCUUGAGCUUGGUCAGCCCCGACAGUCCCGAGAAGCCGUCCGAAGAUGAUUUGUUCAGUUCGGAUCUGAGCGAUGCACGACUGGAUGCGACAUUUGGAAAGGUGGGGACACGGUCACUAUUGAACCAAAAGCUUUUGGUGUUGUACUCUGGUCGUGAUCAGUCUGUUCCUGAUUGGGUGGAUAAGGAAGGGCUGCUUCGGCGUUGGAAAAAGUCUAUUGAUGCUGGUGGGCGUCAAUUUUGGGAUGACAGGAGUAUGGUUAUUCCUAAUGCUUCUCAUGCACUGAGUGAUCCUGAUCAAGCGGAGCCGAGGCGGAUACUGGUUGAGAGGGUGACAUCUUAUCUUAAGGAUAUUCAAAAAGCUUGA